CCGUCACUCGCGCGCCCCUGUUUUCCCCUUCUGCGCGUGCGCAGCACUCUUUUUUCCCCCCGCCCCUCGCUGGCUUGGUUGCCUGAGGGAAUUGAGCGAAGGGAAGAGGGAAAGGAGGGGGGAAAGCAGGCAAGGAAAUAGGGUCGCGUGGGAGUGGGCCUGGAGGAGGAAGGAGAGGGAUCGGAGCGGCUGGAGAGAUGAGCGCUCGGUUCCCCCUCAGGAGCAGCGAGGAGGAGCCGCUGCUGUCGUCGUCGUCGAAUGAACUGAGGCGAGGCCGGCUUGGCUCGGCCCGGCCCGGUCUGGCCUAGACCUCCUUGCCUCGCUUCGGGAAGGCGGAGUCGCGCCCUCUUCUCUCCUGCGGGAUCUGAAAGGGAACGACAUCAUGGGAGCUUUUUUAGAUAAGCCAAAGAUGGAGAAACACAAUGCCCAAGGGCAGGGCAAUGGACUGCGUUAUGGACUAAGCAGCAUGCAAGGCUGGCGUGUUGAGAUGGAGGAUGCACAUACAGCUGUCAUUGGCUUACCAAAUGGACUUGAUGGAUGGUCUUUUUUUGCUGUGUAUGAUGGACAUGCUGGAUCCCAAGUUGCCAAAUACUGCUGUGAGCAUUUAUUAGAUCACAUCACAAGCAAUCAUGAUUUUAAAGGGCGUGGUGCUUCACCAUCCGUGGAAAGUGUAAAGACUGGAAUCAGAACAGGUUUUCUGCAGAUUGAUGAACAAAUGAGGCUACUUUCCGAAAAGAAACAUGGUGCAGAUAGAAGCGGGUCAACAGCUGUGGGAGUUCUGAUUUCUCCACAGCACACAUACUUUAUAAACUGUGGAGACUCUAGAGGUUUGCUUUGUAGAAACAGGAAGGUUUAUUUCUUCACGCAAGAUCACAAACCAAAUAAUCCACUGGAAAAGGAACGGAUACAGAAUGCAGGCGGUUCAGUCAUGAUUCAGCGUGUCAAUGGCUCUCUGGCAGUGUCAAGAGCCCUUGGGGACUUUGAUUACAAAUGUGUCCAUGGGAAAGGCCCGACAGAGCAGCUUGUCUCACCUGAACCCGAAGUUUAUGAAAUUGAGAGAUCAGAAGAAGAUGACCAGUUCAUCAUACUGGCUUGUGAUGGUAUCUGGGAUGUUAUGGGAAAUGAAGAGCUGUGUGAAUUUGUCAGAUCAAGGCUUGAAGUCACUGACGAUCUUGAAAGAGUUUGCAAUGAAAUUGUUGACACCUGCUUGUACAAGGGAAGCCGAGACAACAUGAGUGUGAUAUUGAUCUGUUUUCCAAAUGCACCAAAGGUAUUGCCAGAGGCGGUGAAGAGAGAGACAGAGCUGGACAAGUUCCUGGAAAGCCGAGUAGAAGAGAUCAUAAAGAAGCAGGGUGAAGGAGUGCCAGACUUAGUCCACGUCAUGCGUACUUUACAAACAGAGAGCAUCCCAAACCUUCCACCUGGGGGUGAAUUGGCAAGCAAACGGAGUGUGAUUGAAGCAGUUUAUAACAGACUGAAUCCUUAUAGAAAUGAUGAUACUGACUCUGCAUCAACGGAUGAUAUGUGGUAAAACCGCUCUCUAAGUUGCGGAGUCGACAUCCACUGCCCUCAUGGAAAAUGCACCCAACCCAGAGUGACCCUUCUUCUUCACAUCCACCUUCCACCUUAUACUUGAAGGGAAAAGCUGUGUUGGCGGAAGCGGCGGCACCAGAAAACGUCAGUCCAACACCUAACCCAGGAUCCUUUCUUCGCAAAAUAGACUUCUGUAAAAGUGAUUUUGAAACCAUAAUGUUGUAAAUUGGACUCCGAGCAAUUUUUAUGUUGUAUGAUUUUGUUUUGUAAAGUGCAAUUGUGGUUGUACAAAAAACGCUUAUUUAAUAUUGAAUUGCUUUACAUCACUUAAGUAAGGUUAGAUGAAAGGCUUGGUUUGUUUUAAGGCAACAGUAGUCUAGCCCUUUCUAUUCAUAUUUGUGGUUCUGGGUUGCUGGGAGCAGCAACCUGGCCAGCUAAGUAAGGCUCAGGAGGAAGUGCAUUCAGAUUAUGUAAAGGAUAUUGUAUACGGAUGCAGAUCAUUGCAAUGCUAAUUUGGAAAAUAACUGGGAUGUAGUUUGUUCUCAAUCAACUUCUAAUUGUUUCCCGUGGAGUCUAAAACUCCCAAGAAAUACAUGGGAAGUUUGGAAAAAGAAGGGGACAGAACUACAAGAUGGCCAUACAUGGGGAAGAAUUGAAUGCCUUGAUUAUUUGCACCUUUUUCAGAGCAUUUCAGAGAAUUACCUUCACUUGUUAGGUUAUGUAUGGCUGUAUCUUUUCCAUAUUUAGGAAUCUGCCCUGUUUUAAUAUUCUGAUUGGCUGGAUCGGCAGCUGUUCCAAGUAAAAUACCUUGAAUUCCAUUUUAUCAAUAAAGCUUGAUUUAACAAACCCGAAAUUAACAAUAUAUGUGUUAACUCCUCCCCUUCCCCCGUCUUCUGAAAUGCUUGUAAAUGAGAUGUCAUGUGAAUACAUAUUUUUUAUUAACUAAUUGCCCAUUUAUAAAAUGGGAGGAAGCUCUUAACUGUUGCCCAAGGCACAGGUAAGAUGUUUUUCAUCUGGUAUAAUAUGGUUUGAGAAAUGGAAAUUAUCUUUUUACAUGAGUUUCUUUUAAAAUAUAUACUUUGAGAGAGUUACAUGAGCUUAUAGCUUAUAUUGCCUCUUGUUAAGGAAAACUCAUUUUGUCAGAGCCUGACAAUCUUACUUUUUAUGGUAUGUUUUUAUGACGCCCCCCCCCCCCCCCACUUAGAACAAAAACCUAGUGAUUUAACAGUAUGUGUGAUUUGAAAUACAGCAUGUUCAGAAUAUUUAGCUGUUGGGAUUAAAUUGCUAAUUUUAAAAAGACAUAAAAGUAAAAACAACUAAUUUGACUUUACUUUCUCCUACUGAACAUGCAAACAUAACUUUUCAGAUCAGUCGUGUUUGCAGAACUACUGUUUUGUGCACCUUGUAUUUUGUCUUUUUUAGUUGAUCAAUCUGUACAUUUGUUUAACUUUUCAGUAAGCUGAUGCCCCUCCAAAGGAAAAUCAUCAACAUAUAAAUAGGUUGUAGCAAUGUAGCUAGAAUUUUUUUUAAAAGGUGUAAAAUAUACCUUUUUAUAGGAAGCAAUGUACAAUGCGUUUUUCUAUAUCUGUCUUUCCCCCUAACUUUGAAAUAUACAUUUGUGUGUAUAUAUAGCCUUAAAACUAUUGCAGAGUUAGGGAGUGUUGAACAGUGCAAAAGUAAGUUAAUAAUGUCUCAAUUAAGGAUAGCAUUAUACCAGCAAACACUUAAUUUUAUUCCUCUUGUUUGUGUGAGGUGCUUAACCUUAACAUGGUUGUAUUCAGUUUGUACCCUGUUGAAGCAUGAAUGAAGAAAACAUAAGCACUAUUUGUAUUUAUAAAUUUCUAGCAACUUUGGGUUUAAAGGACAAGUCCUUCAUCGUACUUACAAAUUAAUGCUUAAAAUGUACACAAGUUUUGAGUUCAAACUAUAAAGAUUUCAUAUGUCUAGCUCCCCAAGCACCUAGGAGACCGGGAUUUAAAGUACUACAUAAUUAGUCCAUGUUAAAACUAGAAUUGAAACAAGAACUCUGCUCCUUCUCCCAUCCCACCCCAUGUAAAAUGAAGUAUAGUUCUUUUUUAAAAGAAAAGCUCUGAUCUAACUGUGGAAACAAAGGUUUAAACUGUUUUUCUUUUCAAAAUCACCAGUGGAAAGCCAUAUGUUAAACGAGUGAUAUGAAAUGUUGUAAUGACAUAGCACAUGUUUAAAAUUGACUGCAAGUGCACCCUUCUUUUCGUUUUAAGAAGAAAUACUUCUGCUGUUGCUUCUAGUGCUAUGAAAGGAGGGGAGGGGGGUGGGAAAGGCACAGCAGACGUAGGUUCCUUUCCUUUGGCACUUUAAAGUGGUCAAAGCACUGUGUCAAUUAUGCCUGCUCAAUACACUGCUAUUUUACAUAUACCAAAAGGAGAUGAAAUUCAUUUACUCAGUGCAUCACGUUUUCUAAGCAAGGAUGUUCAUUAGUCUGCAAAAAAGAAAGCACUUUUCAUUUUUGCAACUUUUUUAAAUGCUAAAAAUAAUGAUGAUGAUGAUGAUGGAACUCCUCAGGGGCAAUUGCCGCAGAGUUUUUAAGAAUUGUGUGCUAUUUAUUUCCCUGAUUGGAGGGGAGGAGUGGAUUCCUGUGUGCUGACAAAAUAAAGGAAUAUGGUGGUCCCAAAUUUA